CCCGCUUGGCAUUCCUGAUGGCGGAGGAAGAAAAGACCGGGCAAAACCCAUGAAGUAAAAUUUAGAAUUUCUUUUAUAAUAUCAAGAAGAUAUUUGGAGCCAAAUAAAUCCUCUGUUACACAAAAUCAAAAAUGGCAUACCGUUGGCAAACAGAGCCAAAUCGCACUGAACCACAGGAAGGUGGAUAUGAUACCCAAAAAUUUCACCAUACAAACCAGCACCUUUCUCCCGUGCCAGUCAGGUUGGGUUUUGAUCAGCUAGUGGAAGAGAUCAAUAAUAAAACUCCACUGUCUGAAAGCGAAAAAGAAGAAGACACGUGUUUUGUGCCAGAUGCACCAAACUUGGGUUCAGAAUGGCAAUCCAUAUAUGGAACACACCCAAGGCACUUCAGUGAAUUCACUUCUCAGAGCCCUGACUCCUCCCAGCUUCAGUUUGGAAAACCAUCAGCCAUUGGUUUUAAUCCUGCUGUACUACCAACCCAUCAGCUCAUUCAGGAGGGAGCCUCCUGGAGAAAUCCCACUGGAAAAUAUCAUGGCGUGGAAUAUCCCAGAUUCGAUACUGUACCUCCAUCAUCCACUGGCCUGGGCAAAUGUAAUCCACAAGGACAAUCAGGAACCAAACAUCGUAACUACUGUGUAGAACAUGAAGGCACUAUCCUCCAUCAUUAUUCAUCCUACUCAAUGGACUCUACACCCAAUAGAGAGAAAAGAAGAAGCAGAGAUGUGGACCUUGUAGAACCUUCUCUGGAGUUCUCUAAAGAUUCCUUUCUACCCAGGAUAUCGGAGAACGUGUCAGUGGAAAGCACAGAGCCGGUUGGUUGUCCCAUUGAAAUAGUUGAGGUACCCCAAGGGAGUAACAAGAGGCUGGCCUGCUUUUGUAACAAAGUAAAAAAGAUAAGAGAAUUAUACCAUGCAAGUGACAUUAAUUCCAAUUCUGGGAAGAUCUGGGCCAUCACCACAGCCUAUCCAUCUCGGCUCUUCACUGACACCAAAUUCAGAGUAAAAAUUUCUGUGGGUAACUCAGCCAAACUCCUUCUUCUUAUGCCACACGCUAAUUAUCUUGUCAAGGACCUAAUUGCUGAAAUUCUACUUUUAUGUGCAAAUGAGCAGCUUUCCCCCAAAGAGUAUCUUCUAAGUGUAUGCGGUUCUGAAGAAUUUUUACAGAUGGGUCACUCUCUAGGGAGCCACAAAAUAUUCCAGAAAAAUAAAUCUGUCAUUCAACUUCAUCUUCAGAAAAGCAGGGACGCUCCAGGAAAAUUAUCCCGGAAGAGUGAAGAUGACCACAGUCCGUUUCAUCUGAACCAACUUCUAGAAUUUACACAUAUUUGGAAAAUAUCCAGACAAUGCCUCUCCACAGUAAUGAAAAAAUACAACCUCCGUGUCGAACACCUGUUGAAAGCCCAGGAAGACGUGGAGGAGAAACGUUUGUCAUCCAUGUUUUCUAGUGACCAACACACUUCUCAGACACAUGUGAAUAAUGUCAUUGAAGAAGUUAAAAACAUAUGCAGUGUUCUGGGGUGUAUUGAAACCAAACAAGUUUCAGAUGCCAUAAAAGAACUAAAUCUAAUUCUGCAGAGACCAUCACAGAAUUUUCAUCAGAACUCAGAGACUUCAAGAAAAGGCUUCAUAGAGAGAGUGACAGCGGAACUAUCAAAGUCCAUCUAUCAGCUAAUUGACAUGUACUGCAGUAGCUUCUGUACAGAUUUCCAGCCUGUGCACACACCCGGAGGUGUCUCCCAUGCCCGCGAUGGGCUCCAGUCCCACCUGAGCUUCACGGUGUGUUCCCUGCACAAUGUUCCAGAGACCUGGGCACACAGCUACAAAGCAUUUUCGUUUUCCUGCUGGCUCACAUAUGCUGGGAAGAAGCUGUGCCAAGUGAAAAGCUGCAGGUCCCUGCCAGUCACAAAGUCAUUCUCCUUUUUGGUCAACUGGAAUGAAAUAAUCAAUUUUCCUCUUGAGAUAAAAUCACUUCCAAGAGAAUCCAUGCUCACUAUAAAAUUGUUCGGGGUUGACUCUGCCACCCACAGCACAAAUCUGCUGGCCUGGACCGUCCUUCCACUGUUUCCAAGAGAAAAGUCUGUGCUGGGCUCUAGGCUGUUCAGCGUGACAUUACAGAGUGAGCCUCCUAUGGAAAUAUUAGCUCCAGGAGUAUGGGAUGGGAGCCAGCCUUCCCCACUGACCCUGCAGAUAGAUUUUCCAGACGCCGGGUGGGAGUAUGUGAAACCUGAGUCUGAAGAGAACAGAUCUGACCAUGAAGAGCCGCCAAGAGAGUGUUUAAAACACAUCGCCAGACUCUCGCAGAAGCAGUCGCCCUUGCUACUCUCUGAGGAAAAGAGGAGAUAUUUGUGGUUUUAUCGUCUCUACUGUAACAAUGAGAACUCCUCCCUCCCUCUGGUUUUGGGCAGCGCCCCUGGUUGGGAUGAAGGGACAGUUUCUGAAAUGCAUGCAAUCUUGAGAAGGUGGACAUUUUCACACCCAUUGGAAGCUCUUGGUCUUUUGACUUCCAGGUUUCCAGAUCAAGACAUUCGUGAAGUCGCCGUUCAACAAUUAGACACCCUCUUGACUGAUGAGCUGCUGGACUGCCUCCCACAGCUAGUGCAAGCUGUCAAGUUUGAGUGGAACCUCGAAAGUCCCUUGGUGGAACUCCUGCUUUGCCGCUCCUUGCAAAGCAUCCGAGUGGCUCACCGUCUGUACUGGCUGCUGCGGGAUGCACAAGGUGAAGUCUACUUUAAAAGCUGGUAUCAGGAGCUGUUGGCCGCUCUCCAGUUCUGUGCAGGAGAAGCCCUGAAUGAAGAGCUUUCCAAGGAGCAGAGACUGGUCAAACUUCUGGGUGAUAUUGGAGAAAAAGUGAAAUCGGCCAGUGACCCUCAGAAAAAGGAUGUGCUAAAGAAAGAGAUUGGCAGUCUAGAAGAAUUCUUUAAAGAUAUAAAGACUUGCCAUCUUCCUCUGAACCCAGCACUGUGCAUAAAAGGAAUUGAUCGGGAUGCUUGCUCGUAUUUCACAUCUAACGCUUCACCAUUGAAGAUUACUUUCAUCAAUGCUAAUCCAAUGGGCAACAACAUCAGUGUUAUUUUUAAGGCUGGGGACGAUCUUCGGCAGGAUAUGCUUGUUCUGCAGCUUAUUCAAGUGAUGGACAACGUUUGGCUGCAGGAGGGCCUCGAUAUGCAAAUGAUCAUUUAUGGAUGUCUAUCCACAGGAAGAGCCCAAGGAUUCAUAGAGAUGGUGCCUGACGCUGUAACGCUUGCCAAGAUCCAUCUGCACUCUGGGCUGAUAGGACCACUGAAAGAAAACACCAUCAAGAAGUGGUUCAGUCAGCACAACCACUUAAAGGAAGAUUAUGAAAAGGCCUUGAGGAACUUCUUUUACUCUUGUGCUGGCUGGUGUGUGGUGACAUUCAUCUUGGGAGUCUGCGACCGACAUAAUGACAAUAUCAUGCUGACAAAGUCAGGCCACAUGUUUCAUAUUGACUUUGGAAAAUUCUUGGGUCAUGCGCAAACAUUUGGCGGUAUCAAAAGGGACAGAGCCCCUUUCAUUUUUACUUCAGAGAUGGAGUACUUUAUUACGGAGGGUGGAAAAAACACACAGCAUUUUCAAGACUUCGUGGAGCUUUGCUGCAGAGCUUACAACAUCGUCAGGAAACACAGCCAGUUGAUCCUGAGCCUUCUAGAAAUGAUGCUGCAUGCAGGACUGCCUGAGCUAAGGGGAAUCGAAGACCUGAAGUAUGUACAUAACAAUCUCCGCCCACAAGACACAGACCUGGAAGCCACAAGUCAUUUCACCAAGAAGAUAAAGGAAAGUCUGGAAUGCUUCCCAGUUAAAUUGAAUAACCUGAUCCACACACUUGCGCAGAUGCCAGCCUUAAGCCUUGCCAAACCUGUCCCCCAGACUCUUCUCCAGGAAUCCUGCAGCCUGAAUAAGACCAGGACAAUUCAGAGAGUCACAAUUUUAGGAUUCAGCAAGACACACAGCAACCUGUACCUGAUUGAGGUGACAUGCAGCGACAACAGGAGAAGUCUGAUCAAGAAGUCCUUCGAGCAGUUUUACAGACUUCACAGCCAAAUGCAGAAGCAGUUCUCCUCAUUGGCUCUCCCAGAGUUUCCUCACUGGUGGCAUCUACCUUUCACAGACUCGGGUCACAAGAGAAUCAGAGACCUGAGUCACUACGUGGAACAGGUGCUACGCGGACCCUAUGAAGUUGCAAAUAGUGAUUGUGUACUUAGCUUUUUUCUCUCUGAACAUACUCAACCAACACUUGAAGACUCUCCAUUUGUGGACCCAGGUGAGACCUCUCCAGACAAGAGCCCUAAGGUGCAGUUACAGAUGACGUAUGAGGACUCGAAGCUCACCAUCCUAGUGAAACACUUGAAAAACAUCCAUCUCCCAGAUGGCUCUGUGCCCAGUGCACAUGUUGAAAUUUAUCUUCUACCACAUCCCAGUGAAGUUCGGAGGAAGAAAACAAAGUGUGUUCCAAAAUGCACUGACCCAACUUACAAUGAAAUUGUGGUAUAUGAUGAAGUCUUGGGGCUCCAGGGCCAUGUUUUAAUGCUUAUCGUGAAGAGCAAAACUGUAUUUGUGGGAGCAGUUAACAUCCAACUCUGCAGUGUUCCCCUCAAUGAAGAAAAGUGGUACCCACUAGGAAACAGUAUCAUCUGACUAGCACCAGGAGUGUAUGCUUUAUGGAUUAAGUACUUGUAUGUUUUCAGCUUCUACUUCCCUCUAUCACGUACGCAAAGCAUCUUUCUUCUGCAAGAUAGCUUCGAGCAGCGCUUCUCAGACUUCCUUGUGCUGUGACCCUUUAAUACAGCUCCUCAUGUUGUGGUGACCCAAACCAUACAAUUAUUUUAGUUGCCACUUCAUAAUUGUAAUUUUGAUACUGUUGAGAAUUGCAAUGUAAAUAUCUGAUAUGCUGAAUAUCUACUAUGUGAACCAUGUGGUAAAAGGGUCAUUUGACUUCCCCAAAGGGUUAUGACCUAUGGGUUGAGAACUAUAAGAAUGUGAAGGUCACAGAAGAACCAGAUCAAAAUCAGCCUUUUGUAGCUAUUUCUUCCCUACCUUCUCCUUAUUUUCUUAUUGUAUUUUCUCCUUGGAAUAUUUAUCAUGUAAAAUUCCAUAUGCAAAGUAAUCAAAGAAUGAUUAUUUUUAAUAUGCAUUUUGAAAGCAACAUAAGUUCACAUUUUGUCUUAAUUGCUUGUUGAGGUCAAAAAUUAUAUUUUCAAGGUGUUUCUCUAAAGCUGGGAGAAGCUCAUGAAUAAAUCUAAAGGCUAAGGACGCCUGCAAUAUAUUCCAAGCUUAAAUAUGUGUACAAACCACAUGUCUACUCAUGAGUGGAUUUACUGAGAGAACUGGUGAUCUCCAACCAUGUGUUAUAAUUUUUCUAUGAAACAAAAAGGCCUAAGACUUCCUAUUACAUAGAUUUUUUUUUCUUUAAGGAUUUCACGCCUGUAUAUAAUGCCUUUCAUUACUCUAGUUUCUCUCUGGUUUAGUUGCCCCCACACCUAUCAACAAUUGUUCUUCUCAAAAAAUCUUGUAUUCCUAUAGGGAAUUUUGUUUUUAAGAUGGGCAUCUUACUAUAAUAUCCUAGCUGACCUAGAACUCACUAUGUAGACCAAGCUGGGCCCAAACUCACAGUGGUCCUCCUGCCUCUGUUUCCCUACUGCUGGGAUUCCAGGUCAUUGGACCUGGUCUGUAAUCUUUAAGUUCAGCUCUUAGAAUUUGAUAUUGACUAGUCCAUUGUCAUUGUGUCUUCCAGCCUCUGCCAUCCUCAAACUCAGAAUGUCCGACUUUCAAGCUCCCUGUGGAAAACUCCUUCUCACUUGUUACUCACUAUUAUUGCACUUGAACCUACCCCUUGUUCUCACCAUGAACAGAACAGAUGAUCUUAUAGAGUGUUACCUACAUAGUAGACAAAGCCAGAGUAGUAUGCCUUCAAGAUAAUCAAACGAGGUUUUAAAAAUAAAAC